AUGACGGCCUUCACCAAUUCCUUUGGUCGGUUCGGCUCGAUACGCAAGCGCGACACCUCCAAGAAGGCCGUGCAGCCCAUCGACGUCGCAGCAGCAAAGCAAUACGAUCAACCUGGGCCCUCCUCUGCCGCUUCCUCGGGUCUUUUGACACCGCGGCCUCAUCACUACCGCAGCACCACGCCUUCGCCCGCGACACCAGCUGCUUCCACUUUUGCAUCCGGCUCCUCCGCCCCAUCGAGCUCACGCAUCGUCUCUUCGCCCACCUUUGUAUCCUCCUCCGCUUUUCGCGCCGAUCUCGAGGCCAUCACGCCGCCCCUCAGCCCCGUACAGCCUCACAGCGCCGCCGCGGCGAGAGCUACAAAGUCGCCCAUCCGUCGCGCCCUCUCCCGCUCGUUCUUCUUUGGCAGCACCCACAGCAGCGGCGCCACGACAAGUGCUCAGCCUGCACCUGCUGUUCACAUCUCUUCCCCGAUACCAGCAGCCGCAUGGGGUGUCGGAACAGCUCGCGCUCCUCGUCCCCAGCGCCCUGCUCGUCCAGUCACUUCUCCAGCGACAGAACUCUCACCAGAGCCCCAUGCUUUCGGAUUCGCCUCGUCGGAAAUGUCACGCUCCCGAACCGCCGGUGCCAUCAUGAUCAGCCCACCCGCGGAUGUCAACACACGAAGGCGGAGCAGUACGCUCAUGGCGCCCGUCGAGCUUACAGGGAGCUGCGAGGACAAGCAGCGUUCGCUCUCCUCGUCCUGGUCGAUACGAUUCUCCCGCACCCCUUCGCCCGUCCCCGACGCGCAACCAGGGACCAGUGCGCCCUCUGCUGGCGGGGCCCGCGCAUCUCUUCGCUCCAUCCGACAAAGGCACACGCGCAAGUCGAUCCACUCCAUCCUCGGCUUGUCCCCUCCGACCACCUCGAGCGUCCCACCUUCGACCACCGCCUCGCCUCUACGACGUCGGCUCACCCGAUGCGCCUCGGAAGAAUCCUUCCACUGCCGCGGCCCAGGUUUCGACGCUCCCCCUGCCGCCGACACCCGACCGAGCGUCGACGAGGAUUCUUUGGACAUGUCUUGCUUGCGGCCUCGCCCUGCUGCUGCUGUGCCACGCUGCGUGUCGCUGUAUUCGAGCUCGUACCCGGCGGAUCUGCCGUCGAGCGGUGCGAGACGCAUGAGCGAGUUCACCAUCGAUGCGUACGAGGAGGCCACUGAAGCCAGCGACGAGGAAGCACUCGAUCGUCUUGGUGAGCUCGAGCUCGAAGCAAAUCACGACUCUGACUAUCCGCUUGCCGGGCUGGGAUUGACAGACUCUUUGCCCGCCACACCCCGAGUCGCACCAAAGCGACUUUCAGCUACAUCCCAAAUCUCGCUCGCCGAAAGCAUCCCUACUUCCAUCGCGUCCAGCUCCACCUCGUCGCUCUCCCUCUCGUCGGUGGGGAACCACCUUGGCAAUUCCAUACCGUCCAUGCAGAACUGGUACUCCACCUGUCCACCGACACCUCCCUCCUCGAUCCGACUUCGCUUGGCAUUCCGAUCUCUACCAUCUCCCUCCCCAGCGGUGCUGAUCGACAAUGCAGUCGAAAAGGGUAGACCGAUAUCAAGCGUAUUCAUCUCGUCCAACUCGUCCGUGUUGGACCUCAAGGAGACCAUCUCUGCUCGAAUGCGCGAGGUCGGGUAUAGGAUCUCACCGCGCAACCUCACGUUGACGCUGCAUUUGAGCGACGACGUAGCGAAGGGCAAAGCCAAGACUGCAUUGGGUGUGAUGCUCGAAGGAGACGAGCGCAAGGUGUUGGAUGACUCGGGCAGGAUGUUGUUCGAGGAAGGUGUGCAGGAGGACGAUCUGGUCGUGGUCGAGUGUGAUCCGGCCAAGGUGCUUUGGUGUAUUUAG